AUGGCUGCAAAUUUGCCUCCUGGUUGGAAACUGGCGCAUUCCAAAAAGACCGGCCGUCCGUUUUACUACAACCCAAAGUUCAAAAUCUCCGUUUGGGAGCAUCCCCAAUACUUUGAGCGAUAUGAAAUCGACCGAAAAAUAAAGAACACGAUCGUUUUACGCAAUGAAAACUACAAUUUCUGCUUGGAUACGAAUGUGCUCAUUCAUCACCUGGCGUUUGUCGAUUGGGUUCUUGACUUGUGCAAUGAGUUGAAGAGGAGUUAUGUUAAUGUGCCUUACAAGGUGUGGGAGGAACUGGAUAAUGUUCACAAAUAUUCAAAUAAGGAGGAGACGCGUGAACUGGCGAGAAAGGCGAUGAAGGGGGUGGAGAAGUGGAUGAGCCUCAAGGACUCGAAGCUUUUCAUGGAGUCAAAGAGUGAUUUUGAUAAGAGAAAAAGUGAUGAAAAAGACUUGUCCAAUGAUGAAAAGAUUAUGAAUUUCUGCAAAGUGAAACUAGUCAGCACUCGACGGAAGCCGUUUUUCAUCACCAACGAUAGAAAUUUAAGAGUCCGCGUGAUCGCCGAUGGGAUCAAGUGCUGCAAGCCGGAAUUCGAAGACAUGCUAGAAGCGAUUGCCAUAAAGACAGACAGAGAGCCUUCUACAGCAGAAGGUGUAUCCAGAGAACUACCGUCGUCGACCUCGACGAUUUCUGAAAGCUUGAGUGAUGAUGCGAUGGAAGUGACAGAGUACCAGCCGCCAGAUCCGAGAACAGCGUUGCCUAGGGAAAUUCUAGAGCAAUACUGGGACGAAGGAAAGAGAAUUCUUAUUUGGAUACUGGUUGAAGAAUUGAAGAACUUUUUUUCUUCAGCGUAUCCAGGUCGAAGUGAUCAGCAGUUGAUUGAAAUCAUGAAGGAGAAUCUCGGACACAAAAAAUUCAAUCUUCUUUGGGGCGAGCAUAUUCGAAUGAUCGGAAUUCUACGGCUAUGGCAUGAAUACGACGAAGUUAUCAAACUCGACAAGGAUAAUUGGACUGUUAACAAAUAUCAUGAAAACGCAAACCGCCUUUUGGAUUUUGUCCAAAAAACUGCAAGCGUCGAAGAUGAGCUCGAUCUCGACGACCAAAGCUGGAUCGACAAUCUCUGCGGGAUAGCUGAAGUUUUCAAGCAUCAUCAAGCUGUAGAUAAUUUUCUCAAAAAAAUCGACGCCCAGUUUUCCUAG